AUGGUACCCGGCUCAGGCUUUUCAACGGACGUGGGACAAUACCCGUCGGCCCCCGCGGAUAGGGGCCCCUCGAAACCGGUGAAGCGGAUCUCUAGGGCGUGUCUAAGAUGCCGCCAGCGAAAAUCCAAAUGCAACCUAGGGACGCUCGGCCAGCCAGGUGCUCCUCCUUGUCAGACAUGCAUCCGCGAUCAAGUGGAAUGCGUCCUCGCGACAUCGAAGCGGGGUGGGAGAAGGGUUCGGAAAAGCGUCAGUCUCCUAAUCAACCCACCGGCAAUCAACAAUGAUGGCCAGCAGAACAUCUUGUCGAGUCCAAGAGGCUUUUCAGAUUCAUUUGCCGGCAUUCCAGGGAACUUUCCCGAGCAAUCGUCGCCGGGUCAAGAUCCGUUCCGUCAGGAUGGAUCAAUGCCCGCAGCCAACAUCGACGAGACAAUUGCAUCCACCGAUUUGCACGCCACAUCAGAUGCCCUGAAUAUGCUCAGUCAUGCAGCCCAGCUUGACACGUAUGCCAGUCCAGGCCAGCGAUCUCAUGCCUCAGGGCGUCUGGCUUCAGUCUUAACUCCGGGUCAAGGAGGGGUAACUCCAGCCCCGAACAAUGUUGGAAGUGACCCCUUGCAAUAUACUCUCAUUGCUCAAGGGCUUAUGACAGCAUCUCAAGUUAUCCAAUUGAUUGCCAGAUUCAAACAGUUUUAUCACCCAUAUCUCCCGAUUGCUCCUCGAAAAUGUUUCGAGGCAGACGCGUUACAGUGUAUGGCAACUCAAGAGCCUCACCUCCUGACUGCCAUUAUUACCGUUGCAUCUCGAGAUCUGCCUCAAGGUGAAGAUGUUCUUCGAGUUUGCUCCAGUUACAUGCAUCAGCUUGUCUCCGAGAUCAUUGCGGGGAAGAAGUGUGAUGUCGAGGCUGUUGAGGCCCUGUUGUUACUUUCGGAAUGGGAACCUCAAGAUUCCUUAUCCGAAGGGAAGGAGAUUGGAUGUGGAGAGGAAGAUCGCGCGGCUUGGAUGCAUGUGGGAUUGGCCUUGAGAAUUGGUUACUUUCUUGGACUGGAUCGGACUGCCAUCAAGCAUGACGAUGAGGACAAAGCCGCACAUUUCAAUAGGAGGCGAGUAACGUGGGCUGCUUGCUAUAUAUCAGACAGACAAUUAUCUGCUCGGAUUGGGCGGGCUUUCUGGUCGCGAGGGCCUGUUGCACUUGCUGGAAUUGGUAGGCAUGGCCGCCAAUUCGACGACUUCCGUCCUCUCCAACCUCAAGUUCCCGGGGAUACAGAUUAUGCGAGCGUUCUCCAAGCAAAUCUCGAUCUUACUCAGCUCUUCAGCAACGUCCAUGAUGUUCUAUACUCUGGAAUGGGGAGUAGUAUGAAGUUGAUGCUUGCUGGUAAUUACGUGAAGUAUGUUGAUGAUUUUAGGCGGGCCAUCGAAGGAUGGAAGAGUAUCUGGGGGACAUUGACUUGUCCGCCAAACAUCAAAGCAACUCUUCAGAUGUCCUACGAAUAUUUAAGGUUAUAUACAAACGCCUAUGCAUUUCAAGCUACGGUAACUCGAGCCGUUGCUGCCAAAUCUCAAGGUGCUCUGCGUACAAACGAGUCUCCCCACAAUGGGGUCCCUUCACUCCCAGACGCUCGCUUCAUCUACGAAUCGGUUGAUGCUGCGAAGACACUGUUGAGUAUCAUCACCAGUUACAUCGAUGCCGAAAGUUGCCUCAGAUAUCUUCCCCUCCGGUUUUCAUUAUACUGCGUCAACUCAGCAGUUUUCCUUUACAAGGCAUGGUCCUUCGAAGUUCUCUCUACUCAAGAAAAACUCGGGAUCCGUCAUAUGAUCAAAGAUGUAAUCCGAAACCUCCAAAAAGCCAGCGUCCGACCAAACGACUUCCACUCCAGGUACUCCGAGUUGCUUGACCGCCUUUGGCAGCGCAAGGACACUGAAAUCCAAGCACGUGCAACAACCGACCCAACAACCAGCGUUCCUGCCAACAACCAGUCCACUGUGCUGGGAGACGGAAACGGAGAAUAUGCUGCAACAUCAAUGAGGAAUGGAGGUUGGUAUGACGGGGAACAAGAUGAAUUCUCGUGGUUGGAUUUGCAGGCUGUGGGGGAGUUGGUUAGUGGUGAACCGGGAUUUGGGGCCGUGGAUGGGUAUUCUUCUCAAUUUAUGAAUAUGGGAGGAGACUGGGGUGGAGACUUUUGGGGCUUCUAG